CUUCCUGCACGAUCGAGUCGUGUGUCAAAUGCUCCCAUUGGCCCUCAUCAAGUGCGGUCAGAUUAUCAGGGUCCACCUCACUUGCGAGCUGAGGCACGCCACGCUGCAUGUUGCCUUUACCUUUGCCUUUGCCUUUGCCUUUGCCUUUGCCUUUACCUUUGCCGCGCUCGGUGAUGUGCUCCGUGCUGUGCUCAUCUGCGCCGCUACCUUCUUCUUCGUGCAGUUCAGGAACGCCAGACUUUUGUUCCUUUCCCCACGUCCCCCUAAGUAUGCGCCACUCUGGUAGAGUGCGGGCUUUCUUCCGAGGUGCAUCGAGAACGUCGUCAUGUGUGGCCGUUUCUGCUUCUUCGCGACGAUUUUCAGUCAAAGCCGACUCGUCGCCUUCGUCCAAUCCAGACGUGGCGAGUAUGAGGGGCUCCGUCUUGAGAGCUUGUUCGCAUAGCGCGCGCAAGCGGGCAUCUUUGAUGCUCUUCACAAUGCUUUCCGUGCUACUCGGCAAUGUGGCUGCCUGCUGGCUCUCGAGCACUUGCUGGUCAAUGAUGCUCGAGUCGCCGUUCAUACUACUAGCGUCGAGGGUGCCUUACACUAAAAGGUGAUGUAU